GUCUCGCCGCAGGAGAAAAGAAAGCUUUCUUCAGUGACAUUCUGAGCUGAAGAAAUGAAGCACAACAAUGUUAUCCCAAAUGGUCAUUUCAAGAAGCACUGGCAGAACUAUGUCAAGACAUGGUUUAACCAGCCUGCUAGGAAAACCAGAAGAAGAGCUGCGAGACAGAAGAAGGCUGUGAAGAUCUUCCCCCGUCCCACCGCUGGACCUCUACGCCCUGUUGUGCAUGGUCAGACUCUCAAGUACAACAUGAAGGUCAGAACCGGUAAAGGUUUCACUCUUGAAGAGCUUAAGGCUGCUGGUAUCCCCAAGAAAUUGGCACCCACCAUCGGUAUCUCAGUGGACCAUCGUCGCAAGAACAGAUCUUUGGAGGGUCUUCAAUCCAAUGUCCAGAGGCUGAAAACCUACAAGGCUAAGUUGGUCAUCUUCCCUCGUCGUGCCAGGAAGGUCAAGGCUGGUGAUUCUACUCCAGAAGAGUUGGCUAAUGCCACUCAAGUCCAGGGAGAUUACAUGCCUAUUGUGCGUGAGAAGCCUACGAUGGAGCUUGUGAAGCUUACCUCUGAGAUGAAAUCGUUCAAGGCUUAUGACAAGAUCCGUCUAGAGCGCACAAACAAGAGACAUGCUGGUGCUAGAGCCAAGAGAGCUGCUGAUGCUGAGAAAGAAGAGAAGAAGUAAGGAUCCUUGUUAGGUUUAAGAAAUUUUACUUAAUUAUCGUUUGGAUCUUGGUUUUUUUUUUGUGUAUCAGACUUUUUUUUGUUUGUUUCAUCAGUUAUAUCCUUGCUGGAUUAUGGAAAAAAAUAUUUUACUUUAUUCUUCCUAGAAGUUUGCUGCUUUUUUUCUAUAAUCAUUUGUUUUAGAAAAUCUUUUCAAUUCUUA